AUGUGGGAUCCAACACGUCCCCUCACAUGGGACCCAAUUAAUGGCUGUUCCAACAACACCGAUAUUAUCCCCUCACAUGCAUGUCGAUGUGGGAUUAAAAAUCUAACUGGGGCUCAAGAAUUAGCACUAUAUGGGUGCAAUAACCUUGAGUCUGUCCCUAACAGCAUCUACAAUUUAAAUUCUCUUGAAACUCUCAGGUUUGAUGGCUGUUUGAAACUUAAACAACUGCCUCCCUUCUCAGUGGGGUUCCACUCUUUGCAAGAACUAAACAUCAGUAACUCCGGUAUACUUGAAAUCCCAGAUCGCCUUGUUUGCUUAAUCUCAUUACAAGACUUAGAUCUAUGUGGAACAAUGAUUGAGAGCAUCCCUGCAAGCGUCAAACAAGCUACUCACCUGUAUCGCCUGUGCUUAAACAACUGCAAGAGCCUUCAAUCUUUACCAGAGCUACCAUGCAUGCUCUUUAAUCUCGAAGCACAUGGCUACACGUCAAUGCAGACAGUGUUGAGUGUUGAAUCCCACAUCGGUCGCAGUAAAAGAUAA